AUGCACUCCUCCAGCCUCUCGACACUCGUCUACCUCGCUGUAGCGGUUCUCGCUUCACCUACCGCCGUUGACCAAUUUCCUCUCAACGUCCGUGAUGUCUGGACAUCUCCUGUCCGCCGUGACACCUUUGUCAAGCGCGCUCCCGAGCCCGAGGUUGAACAUCGUGACCUCGACCAGCGCUCCACCUUCACCAUCGAGUUCUCUGAGCGCGCUCCCGCUGAGGGCACCGUCACCUUCUCCAAGAAGGCCUCCGGAGACGGCCUCAACGCCCGCUACCCGUUCUUUGUCAAGUACGACGGUAACCUUGAGGCGAGCGACAUCGAGGAGCUCGAGGCGAGGAAGGCCGACCUCGAGAGGUGUGAGGCUGAGCUCGCCGCUCGUGAGGCUGAGGAGAACACUAAGCGCGACGCUGCGGAGCAGGCCGCCAAGCGUGAGGCCGAGGAGGUUGCCAAGCGCGAGGCGGAGGCCAUCGCCGAGCGCGAGGAGCGAGCGAUCAAGAAGCGUCAGGCUCUUGAGGACAUCGAGGCUCGCGAGGCCGCGUUCGAGGCCGCUAAGCGCAACUUCGAGGAGCUUCAUAUGGGUGGAACUCAGGCGCUCGACAUGCACGACUUCGUGGAUGGAUCAGUUCACUUCUCCAAGCGUGAGCCUCAGUUCAACCUCGCCAGCCUCAGCAGCUUCGGAAAUGGCACUGCCAAUGGCAACACGGGUUCGACCACCGGUACCGAUACCAGCAUCAAGCUCCUCGACUCCAAGCCCCUCGACACCUUCGACAAACACACUGAGAUCAUCUCUCACGGGAGGGCGCCCGGCAAGCUCAAGCGUGUCACCAAGAACAUCAUCAUCGAGUUCCCCUCUCGCAACAAGACCGACGAUGUCGAGCACCUUCCCGAGAUCGAUGUCGAUGAAUCCACUGUCCUCAAGGAGGGUCCUUCGCCCGGCACGAAGUACCACUCGCUCGACAAGAUCAUCAUAGACAUCGAAGGUUUCACCGGAGUCUUCCCGAAGCACGAGUUCGAGAUCAUCAAGCGCCCGCAGGGUCUCGACCAUCUUUGCUCUAUGGCUGGUGACGGUGCCAACGAUGCUCCCGCUCCUUCCCUUACCACCAUCGGUAUCACCAUCGAGGGUGCCACUGAUACCGCUAGUGGUGUCACCGACAUUGUCCUCACGAAGCCUGGUCUUUUGACGAUUGUUCAAAUCAUCCGUGGUUCACAUAUCAUCUUCCAGCGCAUGCACAACUACACUAUCUAUGCCUGCAUCGUCACGAUCUGUAUCGUCGUUUGCUUCGCCAUCCUCGCGUUCCGCUACAAGUUCGAGUUCUCAUCAUUCAUGGUCCUGAUCAUUGUCCUCCUCAACGACAGUACCAUCCUUACACUCUCGGUCGACCGUGUCUUGCCCUCGAACACUCUGGACUUCUGGGCUUUGGCUGAGAUCUUCGUCUACAUCAUCACGGAUGGUCUCUACCUCACCCUGUCGCUGAUCACCCACGUCAUCAUCAUCAUCAAGGAGACAACAUCUUUCCAGGACAAGUUCGGCGUCACUCACCACACCCUUCCCCAUCCACUCGAACGACAGACAGCUGCACUCGAUCAUCUACCUCCAAGUCGUCAUCAUCUCGCAGGCGCUCAUCUUCGCCACCUGUCCACACGGUGUCUUCUUCAUGGAGCACCGGUCAUGCGCUCUCGCGUUUAUGUUCUACUCUACUACGACAAAGGCGCCCCGACAGCACUGCGCAAUCCUGCUGCUCGUGCUCGUCAUGAAUGUCGUAUCAAGGGUGACGGAGGUCGCUGGAGGCUAUCACUGACGUGA